AAUUUAGGGAAGACAACGCCGCCGGCUUAUUCUUUGUUUAAAAUUAUAAUUAGUGUAUAAUUAUAAUUAAUUGAAGGUGAUUAAUUAGAGGAAGGUAAGCAUGGGGCUUGAUUAGCAGGGAGAAGCCAUGUGAUCUGAUUGUGUAUGUUUUUGUGGUGGCGCUCUUCAAAUUUUAUAAGUCGAUAAAUAUGUUAGUUAGGUCUAGAACUCCCUCCUCUCUAGUUUUGCAGUUUGGGGCAGUUUCAAUUAGGAGAAUUGGUGAAGUAGAUUAGACCACGUCUUUUGACAUACCACAAUUUAAACCCUAUGAAAAAAAUUAUGUGAUAUUUUUGUUUUAUCGUUACUGGAUUAUGAGAAAUAUUUUCUUUCAAUUUCAGACUUUUCAGUUAGAAACAGUUAACCGGUGGAAAUGGUGUACUCUCAGUCUUUAUGGAACACAUUUUACCGUACUUUCAAACGACAUCUGUCCAUUGACUGUCUUAUUUUAAAAUCCAUCAAAAUUCGAACAGUGAUCUGAAAUUUAGUUUAUCGUCAGUUCUUCACGUGGCAACGUGGCAGUCAUGUCUGAGCGAGUAUACGAAGUGACUCUUUGUCUCUUUGGGAGUUAAAAAUGGAUAUGCUGUGGUAGAACUGGAGGAGGCACGUGAGUUACCGACACACAUGACACGUGGGAGGAGAAAGUCUUUUUGGAGAAGAGAAAGAGAGUCAGUUAGUGGCAGUUAGGGAAGUUGUUGAAUGUGGUUAUUAGUAAGGUUAAUUAAACCUAACCAUGGUUAAGAAUCAGAGUUUGAUUAACGGAGUUAGGCAUCACUUGGCUAGACCAUAUAGCAUCAUUUAUUGGAACAGAAAGAAAAAGAGAGAGGAAGUGUUGUGCUUCGAAGCAGCAACAAUGGCGGUUUCUCCUAGAUGGAUAAGUUCUGUAUGUGCAUUACUGAUUCUAUGUCUAUUUCUCGGCGUUAAAGCAUCGACAGUGAAGCACGAGCUAAACUAUAGGCUGUUGAACUCCAAAAAUACAUCCAUAGCGGACAGUUCGGAUGAUUCAUGGAGCCAGCACGCUGUUGAUAAUCCAGAGGAGGUGGCUGCUAUGGUCGACAUGUCAAUUCGUAAUAGUACUGAAAGAAGAAGGUUAGGAUAUUUUUCAUGUGAAACUGGAAACCCAAUCGAUGAUUGUUGGCGUUGUGACCCUAAAUGGCAUUUGCACCGAAAACAUCUUGCUGAUUGUGCCAUUGGUUUUGGGCGCAAUGCCAUUGGUGGCCGUGAUGGCAAGUUCUAUGUUGUAAGUGACUCUAGCGAUGAUAAUCCUGUUGAUCCUAAACCAGGCACACUUCGUCAUGCUGUCAUCCAAGACAGGCCUUUGUGGAUUGUGUUCAAACAGGACAUGGCGAUCACACUCAAGCAAGAGCUUAUAAUGAAUAGCUUCAAGACAAUUGAUGGUCGUGGUGUCAAUGUCCAUAUUGCUAAUGGGGCUUGCAUCACCAUUCAAUACAUUACCAAUGUCAUUAUUCACGGUAUACAUAUCCAUGAUUGUAAACCAACUGGCAAUGCCAUGGUGAGAAGCUCCCCAAGCCAUUACGGGUGGAGGACAAUGGCUGAUGGUGAUGGCAUUUCAAUUUUUGGAGCAAGCCAUAUUUGGAUUGACCACAAUUCUCUAUCUAAUUGUGCUGAUGGUCUUAUUGAUGCUAUAAUGGCCUCAACAGCAAUUACUAUUUCCAACAACUACUUCACCCACCAUAACGAGGUUAUGCUAUUGGGACACAGUGACUCGUAUACAAGAGACAAGCAGAUGCAAGUGACCAUCGCCUACAACCAUUUCGGUGAAGGUCUUAUCCAGAGAAUGCCACGGUGCAGGCAUGGGUAUUUCCACGUGGUGAACAAUGACUAUACACACUGGGAAAUGUAUGCCAUUGGUGGAAGUGCUGAUCCCACCAUUAACAGCCAGGGCAACAGAUACCUUGCCCCCUCAGAUCCCUUUGCCAAGGAGGUAACAAAGAGGGUGGAUACAUCAGACGGUGUAUGGAAGAGUUGGAAUUGGCGAUCAGAGGGAGAUCUGUUGCUGAAUGGAGCCUACUUCAUUUCAUCGGGAGCUGGAUCUGCUGCCAGCUAUGCAAGGGCAUCAAGCUUAGGGGCAAAAUCCUCUUCCUUGGUUGGCGCUCUUACCUCUAGCGCUGGUGCUAUGUCCUGCCGCGUUGGUAGACAAUGUUAAUUCUCUCAAUCCUAUCAACACCACAACUCCCGUCAAAAUAAAUCUUCCUUCUUAUAGCAUUAUGCACAUCUUUGACAAGUGCACAAAAUUUUCUUACAGCUGCCAUAUGUCUUCUCAUAUAAAUGGCCUCACUUGUCAUAAGCCAUUGAUCGACCUCGGCAUACUUUACCUGCCGUAGUGUUGUUCACUUUUCUUUUAUGUUUCUCCUGAAGUAUGCCUGUUUCAGGCCAAUUCUAUGUGUGUAUCUACUUUUAUUCUUCUACUUUAAUUUAACGGGAAGAAGUUAAUCUCUCCAUCCCGUAAGUAAAGGAAUCUCUACUUGGGUACAACAAUUAGCCCACUUUUUCUUUUUAAA